CUGGUCCCUGUGACGUAGCAGGCACGAGGCGGCCGGCGAUUGGUCGGUUUGUCGGGCGCGCCGUCGGCCUCCCGCGGCUCGGGCGGAUGAAAUGGCGUCGAGGGGAACCAAGAACGGCUUCCUGAGCAAAUGGAAGAUUGAUGACAAGCCAGUUAAGAUUGAUAAGUGGGAUGGUGCAGCUGUGAAAAAUGCCUUGGACGACGCUGCCAAAAAGGUUCUUCUGGAGAAGUACGGGUAUGAGGAAAAUUACGGGCUGAUUGAUGGUCGACUUCUGAUAUGCACAAUCUCCUGCCUCUUUGCAAUAGUUGCCCUGAUCUGGGACUAUAUGCACCCUUUUCCAGAGUCAAAGAAUGUACUGGCGGGCUGUGUUCUUUCCUAUUUUGUUAUGAUGGGGAUUCUCACAUUUUAUACUUCCUACAAAGAGCGAAGCAUAUUUUUAAUUGCUAUACAGAAAGACCCUGCUGGAUUGGAUCCCGGUGACACCUGGCAGCUGUCAUCAUCUCUGCGGAGGUUUGAUGACCAGUACACCUUAAGGAUGACAUUCAUUGAUGGCCGAACCAACCAGGAGCGGGAAAGAGAAUUUACCAAGUCCCUUGAGUACUUCUUUGAUGAAUCUGGAACCUUGGUUAUGGAUCUGUUUGAGCCAGAAGUGUCGAAGCUGCAUGAUUCUUUAGGGAAGAAGAAAAAGAUGAAAUAAGAGUGUGUGUGCUUUGCAUUGUUGUACUGCUGGGAUCAUGCUCAAGAAAAGGAGAAAAAAAAACACAUUAGUUUUGUUGUGAUUGCACCCUGUUUACUGCUGGCUGCUCCCACAGGCUUGCUUGUAUUUUCCAAAUCCAUUCAACAGCAGCGUAUAUUUAUACAGGACCUUUAACAGAGUCAAAAUGUCCCAUGGCAGUUUGCAGGAGGGCUAGAUGUGGCACCAAGAUUGCAAAUGGUCUGAUUCAGUCUCUGGCACUAAGCAGAGAGUUGGCUGGGAAGCAGAGUAUAGUGUGUGGGUAGAUGAGUGCGUGAUGUUACUAGGUUUGAUCUUCCCAAUGUAUAUUGAAGGAAGUUCUGCUCAUCCAGUGACAUCAUGAUGUGUUGGAGUUUAGUGACUGGCUUUCUAUUUCUGCAAGGGUUUGCUUGCUCUGUUAGAACAAUGUGUGGACUUGGGUUCCAGACCAGUCCUACCGAUGGUCAUAUCUCCCUGUAACUGCAUGAGUCCCAUCUUAGCAGUCUGGCAGUGGUUUCAGCUGAGUUGCUCCUGGUUGAAGGCAGUCUUUUCUGACUUGCCCGUCAAUUUGAUACUAAAAUUGGCAUUUACAACAAGGCAAAAGGAAUGGCUAGAUGGUGAAGUGGAUCUGUCAUUCUGAGGUUGAGAUUGAGGGUGAAUUGAGCCAUCUCUUUUUUAAGAAAAAAUCUUUCUCUGGCGGUGCAGAACUUGGUCAAUGUGACUCCAGUUCUGCACUUUCAGUAGUGGGGCACUUCCUGAGUUGGAUAUUUUCAGCUUUUUAGUUCCAGCUUUUCCCCAUAGUGUUUCUUUCCAGCCUUAGAUUCCAUCCAGACAUGGCAGUGGAUGAACAGAUGAGCUGCAUUCAUGGGGAGAAUCCUAAGAUAAAUUAGCGUUCUGUCUUCUGUGCAAGGACAGUUGAGAUACCAGGAUGUGCUGUGUAUAUUUAAAAGAAACCAUCAAAAUCAAUAUGUGCCUGCAAAGGAGCAAAAAGAAACUCAACUGUCCUGAAAUUAUUUACAGAGCCAUUUUUUUUGCAUUCUUUGAAUAAAUAAGCAUGUAUAUUGCACCAUUCACAAGCUUGGAAAUUGCCAGAGAGCCCUACAACCAAGAAGAGCAUGCUUUUGAAAUGUGAUAAUAUAGGACUACACAGAAGCCGAUUUCUGCUCAGCAAGGUCCUGCAAACAGCAACAUGAUCAUUCCAAUGUCUUUGUGAUUUUGGUUGAAGGAUGAACUCCCACACUCACCCUUCCAAUGGUGUAGGAUCUUGCAGCUACAGGAGCAGUAGGCAAGGCCUUGGUUUAAACAUCUCUUAAAAAAAAUGUGUCACUUGAGGUGUAUUGCUCCUUCAGUAUUAGCAGUAAAGGGUCAACCUACAUAAUCUGAUCUAAACUUUGAAGUGGAUCUCGAGUGCAGGAGCUUCCUGACCGGGGUGUGAGAGUUACUGAGUUCGGAUGGAUAUCAUCCGUAAACUGAAUAAAUUGUGGCAUGAUGUCAUGGUUUCAAAGCAGUUUCUAAAUCUAAACCUACCCUAUAAAAAUUCUACAGAUGCUGGGCAAAAUUUUUUUUCACAGAUUUAAACUGGCAAUUGAUACUCUACUCUGAACACCGUGUGAAAUUGCUACAAAUCUAUUUUCUGUGAAAACCAAUUAAGCAGAUAAAACAUCAAGUUAC